AGCCCAAGUGUGACUCAAGAGUCCUGAAUUCCCCUUCCCCUCCUCACACUUCGUUUCCUUCACAACAUCGCACACACAAACCUGCCCUUUCACCUCUUUCUCUCGCCGUCAGCGUCUCUGCUUCUCGCGCCUUCGAUUUCGUUAGUCACAGAUCAAAAUGUCUCGAAGAUAUGAUAGCCGCACAACAAUCUUCUCCCCUGAAGGACGUCUUUACCAAGUUGAGUAUGCAAUGGAGGCCAUUGGGAAUGCUGGUACUGCAAUAGGGAUCUUAUCAAAAGAUGGGGUAGUGCUGGUUGGUGAAAAGAAGGUCACAUCGAAGCUGCUGCAAACCUCAACUUCCACUGAGAAAAUGUACAAGAUUGAUGAUCAUGUUGCAUGUGCUGUGGCUGGGAUAAUGUCUGAUGCCAACAUCCUAAUCAACACAGCUAGGGUCCAAGCACAACGCUACACAUUUGCCUAUCAAGAGCCCAUGCCUGUUGAGCAGUUAGUUCAAUCUCUUUGUGAUACCAAGCAAGGUUACACCCAAUUUGGUGGUCUUAGGCCAUUUGGAGUCUCAUUCCUGUUUGCAGGAUGGGACAAAAAUUUUGGCUUUCAGCUUUACAUGAGUGACCCAAGUGGAAACUAUGGUGGUUGGAAAGCUGGAGCUAUUGGUGCAAACAACCAGGCAGCACAGUCAAUACUAAAACAGGACUACAAGGAUGAUAUCACAAGAGAAGAAGCAGUGCAACUUGCAUUGAAGGUAUUAAGUAAAACUAUGGACAGCACAAGUCUCACCUCAGAUAAGCUUGAACUUGCAGAGGUUUUUCUGUCACCCUCUGGAAAAGUCAAGUAUGAAGUUUGCUCCCCAGAGUCUCUUACUAAGCUGUUGGUGAAGCAUGGUGUGACCCAACCUGCAACAGACACUGCCUAGUUUGCUGUUCCAUUCUAUCCUUUUCAUUUCCGGUGCUUUUGGCAUUAGAUGGCAGAUAUUGGCUCAAACAUAUUUCAAGCUUUUAAAACAUUUUGUAUUCGUACAUCUUUGAUUUUCAAGACAGUUAGAUGGUAUUUGUGUCCCAUUUCUUGCAUUUUCACCGUAUCAGCUUGUCAAGCUAUUUUCUAAG